UACGGUCCUGAGGGUUGCUAGAAAUAGCAUAAGACAGUGUGCUGCUGGCCGCUGUUGGCCUUCCGUCGAGAGGCGUAAUAAAAAAAAGAUCGGCCCGCGAAUCGAGGCGAAGCCUCGAUCCAUCUUGAAAGUGCGAGGAAGAAAUCGAAAAAAUUCGACAAGAAGCGAACGACUAGACGACCGAGGAUCUUUAAAGAAAAUCUAAAAAUGGCUGAGACUGCAGAUUUUGGACCACGGAAGACAAUUCUUAUUCUGGCAAUAGUGGCUGGAUGUUUCGCAGUGUUAUGGCCAAAAAUUUUCCACCCCAUGCUAACUGCCUCCGUCAACCCUCCUCCUACGACUUCGGACACGUGCUGCGAUGUCAUAUUCGAGAGCGACGUAACUACGGUGGAUAUAAUGCAGGAAAUGUGCCAGAAUAUCCUGCGACAUCACCAGGUUGAUCCGAGAGUACGAGACGCCUUGAAAACUAGCAAGUUGACUCCGCAAAGUGCAAGUUUAUGUCGGGAGGAAGUUCUAGCUCGCUGUGGCAUAGACUUGUCAUCCUUCCUGGCUGAGAGAGAAAGACUGGGAAAAACAUACAAGCAGGUCCUUGAAGAAAUCAGGUCCUUCAACAGUUCCCUGUGUCUCAAAAUGAAUUUUGGAGUUCCUCUUUCUCAACUCGGCACACCUCACCUUAUUCGAUAUCAUAUUCUUAUGCCACACAGUACCAUAAAACAAGAACGUAGAACUCCACCCCAUGCAGGGGGCCUGCAUCCUGCUCUAAGAGAACGUGGUCGAGCUAUUCCAACAUCUCACAUUGUCCCCAAAGUAGAAGAGCGUUCAGAGCAUGUGGCAGUACCAAAAAUGAGGCCACCAAUGGGUGGUGCUGCACAUGUAGUAUCAACACCAAAAGGGAACGGUACUAUGGGCAUCAUAAUGCCACUCUACACCUUGGGAAUCGUCCUCUUCUUCUUAUACACUAUAGUCAAGGUGUUAAAAAAAAAUACAGACAAUGAAAUAAUCAGUGAAUAUCCAGGAGCUGCUGCUGAGAAAGAAUUCAGAAAGAUGGUCUUUAGCCCUGAAGCCCUGGCCAGUGCAAUGACAGGAACAUUACAUUGCCGUAAGGAGAGAUCUGCCUCACCAGCUAGACCGGCUCCUACUAUAGAGGAGCUCAAGGAUCAAGCUGCAGGGGACAUAGAGAUAGAUCAGCUGCGGAGACGAUUGGUCGAGACGGAGGCAGCAAUGGAACGUAUCGUCGUUCAGAUGGGCAACUUGUCGCGUUCUGUAAUGCAUACUCCUAGUCCGGAACCGGAGCUCAAGGAUGAUGCAGAGGCACCUAGUAAGGAGGAUUAUGAAGUGGAAGCUGUGGAGAUGGAAGAAGAAGCAUCGCCAACUGUCAAAAUAAUGGGAAUGGAAAUGACAGCCAGCUGUGAAGGUGGACAAAGAUGUAGCAGACCAAGUACUCCGGUUAUACCUUCGCACAGCCAUGUGGAACGUGAGAAAACUCCACCGAAACCGAUUUAUCUUGAGGGUGCUUUACCAUCACAGUGUGAACUUCUGGUCACGGAUUCUGAGACCCAGGAAGAGAAGGCUGAAGAGGAUGCUGAAGCUCCGGUAGUUCUCUCAGGCAAAAUGACUCUCUCCCUCAUCAGUCUCGACCAGAUCGCAGCUGAGGAGGAGGAGGAGGAGGAGGAGGAGGAGGAGGAGGAGGAGGAGGAGGAGGAGGAGGAGGAGGAGGAGGAGGAGGAGGAGGAGGAGGAGGAGGAGGAGGAGGAGGAGGAGGAGGAGGAGGAGGAGGAGGAGGAGGAGGAGGAGGAGGAGGAGGAGGAGGAGGAGGAGGAGGAGGAGGAGGAGGAGGAGGAGGAGGAGGAGGAGGAGGAGGAGGAGGAGGAGGAGGAGGAGGAGGAGGAGGAGGAGGAGGAGGAGGAGGAGGAGGAGGAGGAGGAGGAGGAGGAGGAGGAGGAGGAGGAGGAGGAGGAGGAGGAGGAGGAGGAGGAGGAGGAGGAGGAGGAGGAGGAGGAGGAGGAGGAGGAGGAGGAGGAGGAGGAGGAGGAGGAGGAGGAGGAGGAGGAGGAGGAGGAGGAGGAGGAGGAGGAGGAGGAGGAGGAGGAGGAGGAGGAGGAGGAGGAGGAGGAGGAGGAGGAGGAGGAGGAGGAGGAGGAGGAGGAGGAGGAGGAGGAGGAGGAGGAGGAGGAGGAGGAGGAGGAGGAGGAGGAGGAGGAGGAGGAGGAGGAGGAGGAGGAGGAGGAGGAGGAGGAAGAUGAGGAAGUGGAGGUAGAGGAGAAAAUAGAAGAGAAACCGCAGAAACUAGUGGAAGAUCAAAAUAUAAACGGACUAAUGGUAAGUAAAAAUGAUGAAAGUGAAGAAGAAGAAGAGGAAGAAAUAGAAGAAGUAGAGGAGGAGGAGGAGGAGGAGGAAAUAGAAGAGGAAGAAGUGGAGGAUGAAGAAGUAGAAGAUGAAGAGGAGGAGGAGGAGGAGGAGGAAGAAAUAAAGCCAAUAGAACAGAAAGUAUACAAUACUAUAUCAGUUCAAGAUAAAAAGAAUAUAAAGUUGCUUAAAGAGAAUGAAAGAGAAGAGGAAGAAGAGGAGGAGGAUGAAGAAGAAGAAGAAGAAGAUUAAACAAAAACAAAAUAAAGUAUGUAUAUUGAAACAAAAUUUUCAAGCUGUAAAAUUAUAGGAUACAAAAAAUAUCUGUAACACCUUAAGCUCUACAAUAACUGUGAGUCCAUAGAAGUGUCAGUAAUAAUUUUUUAUAAGGCAGCAGACAUAUAUAUUUAUCAUAUCAUUUCAUUUCUCAUUAAAAAAUGAAGCAAAUAUGUAAAUCACAUUGACUCUGGGAAACCAGUAGUUAGGGAAAGUAUUCUGAAAAUCCUUAAUUGCAAUGCAUUUUUUUCGAAUACUAUUACCAGUAUGUAUAUUGGUGGCUUAAAAUACCGUUUAUGAUAUUGUAAUCAUCCUAUAGAAAAAUUGUUACAUCACAUUGAUCACCAUCAUCUGUAAUCUUUAUUCAGUAUUCUAAAAAAUAUACUGAAAUAGCGUUAUUUGAAUUCUUAAUCAGUUGAAAUAAAAUAUUUCAUAAAUAAACACAA